CUAUACUAUUUAACGACCAUCAUUCUUAUUUCGAUAUUUUUAAAACGUGCUGAAAUAUGUUAAAAACACAGUACUUAGUUUAAAAUGAUUGUUUCGUUGGAUAAACAAGAGCAAACAGCAGAAUAUAGGGAUUGCAAUAGCGAAUCUUAUAAAUCUUCAGUAUGGAUGUUUUGGAAGGCGAGAAGAUAUAUUGUGACACUGUUGGUAUUUCUCGGUUUAUUGAGCGACAAUGCUUUGAGAGUGAAUAUAAGCGUAGCCAUUGUGGCUAUGACUCAAAUGGAAAACGUUACUUUGGCAAAUGGGACAACGAUAAGUGAAAGUAAUUUUGAUUGGAACAUGAAGAUGCAAAGUUUUAUUUUGAGCUCAAGUUAUUAUGGAUUUUUAUUCACUCAAUUAAUGGGAGGAUAUUUAUCAGCACGAUUUGGAGGUAAAUUAGUAUUUGCAAUAGGAGUAGCUGGUGUUUCAAUACUUACUCUAUUAACCCCAAUAGCUGCAAAAACGAAUGUAUAUUUCUUAAUAGUUGUUGGUUUAUUCAAAGGAGUUUUUGCGGGUCCGUUAUUUCCUUGCGCCAAUUAUAUUUUCGCCAAAUGGGCACCUACAUCAGAAAAAAGUAGGUUAGUAACAAUUGGUUUUUCUGGAGCUUAUGCUGGAACUCUCAUAUCUUUUCCGAUAUCUUCAAUAUUAGCAACGUAUCUAGGAUGGGAAAGCGUUUUUUAUGUACUCGGAGUUUUUGGUUGCGUAUGGACGGUACUUUGGUUAGUUAUGGUCUCUGAUUCACCGUCUCGGGAUUCAAAGAUCAGUCAACCCGAGCUUCUAUACAUAACCAAACAUUUAGAGGAAACCGAAAAAGAAAAAUUGAUAGUCCCUUGGAUAAAGAUUUUCACAUCGGUACCUGUAUGGGCGUUAACAAUUGCCGUCGGCUGCAAAGCUUGGGGAUAUUUCGCUUUAUUGAGUCAUUUGCCCACUUUCGUAAAACAUUGUUUAAAUUACGACUUGAAGGAUGCCGGAUUUGUAUCAGCUGCUCCUUAUUUAGCGAUGGUGAUUUUGAUACAGCUCGCCGGGCAUUUAUCUGAUUUCAUAGAAACCCGCAAAUUAUUGACUAGAACUCUUUCAAGAAAAUUAAUGAUAUCUUCGGGAUUAUUAACACAGUGUAUUUUCAUGGUUUUGGUUGUACAUUGGCUUUCCGUUUUUGGAAGCAACUUUUGUCUUAUAAUGUCUAUUGGUUUAGGGGGAUUUACUAUGGCCGUAAUAACGAUUAACCCGUUAGAUUUGAGUCCAAAUUAUGGUAGUAUUAUUGGUGGUAUGAUCCACACAUGUGGAACUAUUUCAGCGAUUUUAAGUCCAACUAUCACUGGAUAUAUUGUUACUGAACAAACGGAUGUAGAUCAGUGGAGAAUCGUUUUCUACAUAGGCGGUUUAAUUUAUUUUUUUGGAGCUGUGAUAUUAUCGCUUUCGGUUCUGGUGAUUUGCAGCCGUGGGAUUCCAACGAAAACCACCAAAAGAAAACAAGAUUUAAUCUUUUUUAUGAGAACAUGUCAAGUCAAACGCAAUAACCAUCACAACCCGAAACAGCCCGAAACACACUCAUCAUCAUGGAUGUUUUGGAAAACGAAACGAUAUUUGGUAGCUUGUUUAUCGUUUUUUGGGUUUUUCAAUGUUUAUGCCUUAAGAGUAAAUUUAAGUGUAGCCAUUGUUGAUAUGACACAAGCUAAAAAUGUAACUUUGGAAGAUGGCAGAAAUAUUUUAAAACAAGAGUUUGAUUGGGACUCUAAACUACAAGGAUACAUUUUAAGUUCAUUUUUUUAUGGAUAUAUAACGACUCAAAUAAUUGGAGGAUACAUCGCAGCGAGAUUUGGUGGAAAGCGUAUAUUUGUUCUAGGCAUCGGAAUAACUGCCCUUCUAACCAUAUUCACACCGAUCAUUGCUAAGACGAAUGUUUAUUUUUUAAUUGGUGUCAGAAUUAUAGAAGGUAUUUUUGAGGGUGUUACAGUUCCAGCAAUUCAAGCAGUUUGGGCAGUUUGGGCUCCACCUUUAGAAAGAAGUCGUUUGGUAACGUUUUCAUAUUCUGGAACCUUUGUUGGCACUGUCUUUGCGAUGCCGGUCUGUUCUCUAUUGGCGUCAUUAUUAGGAUGGGAGAGCAUAUUUUACUUUUUCGGCACAAUCGGUCUAAUUUGGUGCAUAUUUUGGUUAUUGAUGGUGUCCAAUUCACCUGCUGAAGAUUCUUCAAUUAACGCAAAGGAAUUGGAGUAUAUACAAAGUUCUAUUUCUGACGGGAAGAUCGAUGAUGAUGACGAUAGAAUACCUUGGAUCCAGAUGUUAACUUGCAGGCCCUUCUGGGCCAUUGCUGUUGCAAAUAUUAGCGAAACUUGGGGAUUUUAUACCUUACUAACGUAUCUUCCUAAAAUUAUGAAAAAUGUUUUAGGUUUUGAUUUGAAUGCCGCUGGUUUUAUAUCGGCUUUGCCCUAUUUGGCAAUGGCGGUGAUAUUACAAGCGGCAGGACAAAUAGCAGAUCAUUUGCUGGUUAAAAAACUUUUAACAGUCACGCAGGUCAGAAAGCUGCUAACUUGUUUGGGAUUCUUAGCACAAACAAUAUUCAUUUUAAUAGCAGCGUUUUGGAUGACACGAAUUGGUACAACUUUUUGUUUAGUAAUGGCUGUUGGACUGGGAGGAUGUGCUUUCGCUGGAUUUGGUGUAAAUUCUUUGGAUAUAGCACCGAAAUUUGCUAGUAUCAUAAUUGGUAUAAGUAACACAUUUGGAACUAUUCCAGGUAUAGUUAGUCCAAUCUUAACAGGAUACCUAGUCACGCAUCAGGAAGAUAUCAAUGAAUGGAGAGUAAUAUUUUAUAUAUCAUCAUCCAUAUAUCUUUUUGGGGCUAUAUUUUUUGCAUUUAAUGCUUCUUCCGUGCUUCAGCCGUGGGCUCAAAGUAAAAAGAAGGAAAAAGAGCUGAAUGGACAAAAUAUUUCCUCGGAAAUUCACGACAAUGCGUCUUAUCAGAAGGAUCUAACCUGAAAGCUUUAUAUGAUAUUAACAAAUAAUAGAAUAAACUUUUAUA